GCGGUCAUCACUCUAACUCAGAGCAUUUCUUACUGUAAAAAGCCACCAUCGGACUGACGAAGAUCUCAACCUGUGGACUCCUUUUUGAGGGUUGUUUCUGUAUAAAUACCUUAUAUCCUUACAAGGUUUUGGGCGUGGUGUCUCUGUGGGGGUAUUGAACUGUAUUUAUUAAUUGAUUAAUACAUCAAUGGCGGCACCACCGGCGAGGGCUCGAGCGGACUACGAUUACCUCAUAAAACUUCUACUCAUCGGCGAUAGUGGUGUGGGUAAGAGUUGCCUUCUUUUGCGUUUUUCAGAUGGUUCCUUCACGACUAGUUUUAUCACAACCAUAGGAAUUGAUUUCAAGAUAAGAACCAUUGAGCUUGAUGGCAAGCGGAUCAAACUCCAAAUCUGGGAUACUGCUGGUCAGGAGCGGUUCAGAACGAUCACCACUGCUUAUUAUCGUGGAGCUAUGGGAAUAUUGUUGGUCUAUGAUGUUACAGAUGAAUCAUCCUUCAAUAAUAUUAGGAACUGGAUUCGUAACAUUGAACAGCAUGCAUCUGACAAUGUCAACAAGAUUCUGGUAGGGAACAAGGCUGACAUGGAUGAAAGCAAAAGGGCUGUCCCUACCUCAAAGGGUCAAGCACUUGCUGAUGAGUACGGUAUCAAAUUUUUUGAGACUAGUGCAAAAACAAAUCUUAAUGUGGAAGAAGUUUUCUUUUCAAUAGCAAGGGACAUUAAGCAAAGGCUUGCAGACACGGACUCUAAAGCGGAGGCUUCAACAAUCAAAAUUAAUCAACCGGAUCAGGCUGCUGGCGCUGGUCAACUUGCUCAAAAAUCUGCUUGCUGCGGUUCUUGAACUGGAAGAAUACUAAUGAGCACUUAGAUCAGGUGCUCAAUGGCAGGAGAGAACAAAAACAAAAACUAAUUGUGACGAAACAUUGUCGGUGGAUGUAAUUUAAUUAAUUGUCAUUCUUUAAAAGGACUUAUUUUAGUUUGUGUAAGAUAGGCUCUUACUGAUCGAGAAACUUGCACUUAUUGUGGCCAGACGCUAAUGGUUUCAUCAGUAAUCCCUUCUGAAUUUGUCCUUUCAGUGUUGUUUA